GUUUUUGGCCCAAAAGCACAACAGAGAUCGAUAUAUGAUCAAGCCAUUUCGCCCAUUAUUAAGGAAGUUCUUGACGGAUUUAAUUGCACUGUAUUUGCAUAUGGGCAAACUGGUACAGGUAAAACAUACACAAUGGAAGGAGGAAUGAGGAAUAAGGCUGGUGAAUUACCAGCUGAAGCAGGUAUUAUUCCAAGGGCAGUUCGCCAAAUUUUCGAUACGCUUGAAGGUCAAAAUGCAGAUUAUAGCAUGAAAGUGACUUUUUGGGAACUAUACAAUGAAGAAAUCACUGACUUGCUAGCUUCAGAAGAGCCCUCAAAGUCUUCAGAAGAGAGACAAAAGAAGCUUGUAUCUCUCAUGGAGGAUGGAAAAGGUUGUGUUGUAGUGAGGGGUCUUGAGGAAGAAGCUGUGUACAGUGCAAACGACAUUUAUAACCUCCUGGAG